AUGUCAAAUAAGGAGGUGAAGGCAGCAUUAAAGAGUGCUAGAGAAGCAAUACGAAAUAAAGAAUAUAAGGAAGCCUUAAAACAUUGCAAGGCUGUCCUGAAGCAAGAAAAAAAUAACUACAAUGCUUGGGUGUUUAUUGGCCUGGCAGCUGCUGAGUUAGGGCAGCCUGAUCAAGCCAAAGGAGCAUACAAGAAAGCUAUUGAACUUGAACCAAACCAGUUACUGGCAUGGCAGGGGUUAGCAAACUUAUAUGAGAAAUCCAGCCAAACAGGUGUCAAAGGAGACUUAGCAGAUGUUUACCAAAAGCUCUUGGAACUCUAUGAAAGGGGUGACAAGCAGAAAUGGUGUGAUGUGUGUAACAAGCUUGUGGAACUAUAUCAUCAAGAAAAGAAAUAUUUAGAGGUGGCUGAAACAUGGCAGAAACUAAUACAAGUGAAACAGGAGGAAGGUGCAGAAAAGGCAGAGCUUCAUCAGCUUUGGAAGAAGAUGAUCCAGUUGCUGAAAGAUAGUACAGAGAACCAGGAUAAUAAGACUGAGCAGUCGCUUUUGACUGCGUUUGAAAAUGCAGUGAACUCUGCUGACGCUGUUCCUGGUGAAGACCACCAAAAUCUUUACAAGGACUUUAUUCGGUGCUUGUCAAAAUUUCCUCAUGAGACGACUAGGUUGGAAGAGGCCUGUAAUGAUAUGAUAGCUUUGUAUCCUACUGUGAGUUACCCUUUAGAAGUACUUUGCCUGCACUUUGUUCAAUCAGGUACUUUCUCAGAAGAGGCCCUGCACUGUUUUUCUAGGCUUUUGGAGAUGGAUGCAAGCAGUGGUCCAGCCAUCAUUGGUUUUGGUAUAAAAUGCCUCCAAGAAAAGAAAUACAAGGAGGCUAUUAAGAGUCUUACUGAAGGUUUGCAGAAGACUAGCCAGUGUCCAGCAGCAUGGCGUUAUUUGGCAGAGGCACAGAUGAAAAUUCACAAACAGAGGAAUGCUGUCCUGUCCUGCAAUCAAGCUCUUGAGGCUCUUGGAACUCCUGAGGGUCCUAGUCUUCAGUGGAAGAAUCUUAUCCUUCAAUUGAAAGCAGAGGCUUUGAUAAAAAUAGCUGAUGCUGAUGCUGCAGAAGAAGCUAUUAAAGCACUUGAGCAGAUUGUGAAUGCAAGCAGUGAUCCAGUGGUUUUAGCUAUCAAAGGCCGGGCUUAUCUGAACAAAGGUUUAGUGGAUCAAGCUUCAAAGAUCUCACAAGAACUUCUGUUGUCCCAUCCUGAUCUGGCUGAGUCCCAUGCUCUGGAGGGUUUCAUCCAUUAUUCCCAAAAGAACUAUGAACAGGCAGAAAGAAGUUUUCUAAAUGCUAUUGAAAGAAAGGCCGAAGCUGCAGAGUAUCAUCAGUACCUGGGGCUCACGUACUGGUUCAUGAGUGAUGAGACCAAAAAAGACAAAGGAAAAGCACUCACUCAGUUCUUGAAGGCUGCAAAAUUGGACAACUACUUGGGAAGUGUCUUUUAUUAUUUAGGUAACUACUACAGAGACAUUGCUGGAGACAAAAGUAGAGCUCGUGGUUGCUAUAAAAAGGCUUUUGAACUGGAUGGGACCGAUGAAGAAUCUGGAACAGCAGCUGUAGACUUAAGUGUGGAACUGGGAGACAUGGACACUGCUCUGUCAAUCCUGAAUGAGGUGACGGAAAAAGCGAGAACUGGUACAGCAAAAUGGGCCUGGCUUCAUCGUGGACUUUACUACCUGAGAACUGAUCGGCCGUCACAAGCAGUGGCUGAUUUGCAGGCAGCUGUCAGAGCUGAUCCAAAGGAUUCCAACUGCUGGGAGGUUCUAGGGGAGGCUUACUUGAGCAGAGGUAGCUAUUCAACAGCUCUAAAAUCCUUCAGGAAAGCAAGUGAGCUGAACCCAGAACUCGUGUACAGCAUUUACAGAGCUGCAGCAGUUGAGCAGAUUCUAGGCAAAUAUGAAAAUGCUAUAGCUACCUAUGAACAAAUCUUAAAGAAGACUGAAGAUUAUGUGCCUGCACUGAAAGGACUUGGUGAGUGCUAUCUCUUGCUGGCAAGAUCAGCCCUUGAUAACUAUUUUGAUAAGAAGGCCAUGGAUUACAUAGAGCAGGCUCUUGAAUUUUUUACAAGGGCAACAAAGCACCGUCCUGAUGUAUCUUGCCUCUGGAAACUGCUUGGAGAUACCUGUACUAGUGUGCAUGUUAUUUCAUCAGCCAAAGUGAAUAUUCAAGUUUUAGGAUCCCUUCUGGGCAAAAAUGUAGGCAAACAGACACUGAAGAAAAGUGAGCUGCUCAGUCUGGGAGGAAGGUGUUACAGCAAAGCUUUAAAAUUGAUGCAUUUGCCUAGCAUAUGGUGUGAUCUUGGAAUAAAUUAUUAUCGACAAGCAGAGCACCUCACAGCAGUGGGCACUGACAUGAAUGAGAUCAGUGAACUGCUAGAGAAGUCUUUACAGUGUCUCAAAAAAGCUGUGAGGCUUCACAGCAAAAAUCAUCUUUAUUGGAAUGCACUUGGUGUGGUUGCUUCCUGUAGUGCUAUUGGGAAUUAUGCUCUUGCUCAACAUUCGUUCAUCAAAUCUGUUCAAGCUGAGCAAAUCAAUGUUGUUGCCUGGACCAACUUGGGGGCUUUGUAUCUGGCAACUGGAAACAUUGAGCAAGCUCAUGAAGCCUUCAAGGUAGCCCAGUCUCUGGACCCUACUUACUUACUGUGUUGGAUUGGGCAGGCUCUCGUUGCAGAGACGAUAGGCAGCUAUGAUACUAUGGAUCUCUUCAGACACACAACUGAACUCAGCAUGCAUAAUGAGGGAGUAAAAGGCUAUGCCCACUGGGUAUGUUCAACACUGCAGGAUAAAAGCAACAGAAACACCGAACUGUAUCUGUACAACAUUGUUCAAAUGAAUGCUAUUCCAGGAGCCCAAGUGGUCUUGAGCAAGUAUACAGAAAGAAAUCCAGAUGAUGCGUCUGCUUUUACAAUGCUUGGUUAUUUGAACGAGUACCUGCAUCUAAAAAGGCAGGCAGCAGAUGCCUAUGAAAGGGCAGCUUCAUUGCUGAAAAACUCUGAGGAUACUGAGAAGUACAAUAAUGCAAUGCAAAACUAUGCCAGGUCACUGUGUGCCCUUGGCCAGUGUGAUAAGGCCAUUGAGGUUUACACAUCAACACCCCUAACUGAGUUUGAAGGGAUUGUGGGGCUAGCAUUAGCCUACUUCAAGAAAGGACUCUUGCAGGAAAGUAUCAAAGCCUAUGAAAAAGCCUUGUCUGUUGCUGAGUCUGAACAAGAUAAAGCACAUAUCCUGACUGCCUUGGCAAUAAUAGAGUAUAAACAGAACAAAGUAGAUGCUGCAAAGACACUUCUGUUUAAAUGCUCACUAAAGGAGCCUAGUACAGAAAGUCUGAAGGCUUUGUGCACACUGGGAUUGGUAAAGCAGGAUGCUACGCUUGCAACAGCAGCCCUGAAAGAAUUACUGAAGCAUGAAAAGGGGAACGAUGGGAUUUAUGAGAGGUGCCUUAUUGUAUCUGCUGUUUAUGCAUUGCAAGGUAGGACUGUGGGUGUCCAGAGAGAAGUCUCCAGAGCAGUACACAGUAACCCUGGUAAUCCUGCCCUCUGGUCUCUUCUGUCUCGAGUGGUACCACUGUAUGCAUCACAAAAGACAAAAGGGGGAGCUGCAGCGGGAAACAUUGCACGUGCACUUGAUGUAAACCAUGGAAAGUGUCACGCGCUAGAAGAUGAGAAAAACAAUCCUCUGAAAAAUAUUCAGAAGGCAAUCCACCUCUGUCCAGAUAAUCCUGCUGCCUGGGCAGUGCUAAUGGCAGCCUGUCAUGCUGAAAACACUGUUGUCUGUCUAAACAACACUCAGCCAAAGAGAACGGAUCUCGAGAUGACACUUGUAUCUACAGUUUCAGCCAAAACUGGAGAAAGUAACCUUCCACAUAGUUAUAUCCAGACUCUUGAAGACUGGUGUCUGUGCCAAGCUAUUACCAGUCUAGAGGAGACUGGUAAACUCUCAGAAGCUGAAGCUCUUUGUACCAAGGGGUUAAAAAGCUGCCCUGAUCAUCCAGCUCUGUUUCUGCUUUUGAGACAAGUUCAGUGUAAGCAGCUGUUGCAGUCUCACAAAAAACUUCCAGACAGCAUCCUGGAGGAGCUUCGCAAGUCAGUCAUGACCAGUUCAGCUUCAGUUGCAGCUUGGCAAUGGCUGGCAAAAGUGUAUCAGUCUCAAGGAAUGAUGGUUGGAGCGGAGAUGUGUUACAGAAAGAGUCUGCAGUUGGCGUCACAGCAGGGCAGCUGGAACGGGAAGUUAUCCAGUCUGCUCAGGCUAGCUAUGCUCGCGCUGGAAAUCUGCAUGGCUAAAGUCUCAAAUGACCACUGGCCAUCCUUGGUUCAGGAGGCAACAGCUGAAGCUUUGAAACUUUCUUCUUGCCCCCUGGCAGCUCUCCUUCAAGCACUGCUGCAGUAUAAUCGCAAGAUGAGAGCAAGGGAGACGCGCCGACUGUUGGAAAGAGUAGUUUAUCAGCCGGGGAAUCCAGAAACCGUAGUGUCAGUGGCACGCUGGUACCUCCUGCGACAUCUGUAUGCCAAAGAUGAUUAUGAAUUAAUAGAUGUGCUCAUAGAAAAUGCCAAAGCUAAUGGAGAUGUUAGAGCUCUGGAACUGAAUGAGAAAUUGUCAUCAAGUGCCUAGUAUGGACUAUCUCAAGUGAAAAAUCUUCCAUUCAUGCAACUUAAUCUGUCCGUCUUCCAGAAGCAUAUGUGGUUUGGGCU